UCGCGUUCUUUUCGGAGUGGACCGCGUGACUGGGUGUCGUGGCCGCUCGCGCCUGUACCCAACUGGCGAGCAGCCUCGGGCCUUUGGUGAUGGGCUCCCUGAAUGUCUGUCCUAUGUGGAGAUGGCUGGACGGUCUGGAUUGAUCUUUUGCUGCUUGGCAGCAGUGGUACGGAGUUUAAAGAGACCAGAAGAGAAAAGCCUUUAAGACCAUUCUUGGGGGUCUGCAGAAAUGGUGAGAGGAGGAGCUACAGACCGAAGCUCCAAAGUAAAGGAUGGAGCCUUGAAAUGAAUUAGUGGAGUUGGCAGUGGACUUCGAAGAAAGUCAUGUGAAUCUCCAUCAUCCUAAGAUGUAGAGUGUGAGGAUCUUUACAGUGAGAUGUCUGUGAAUGGUGCAGUCUCUCAUCCUCAGAUUCUGAGGCUCAAAAAGGAUCCUGCAGUAGACACUGGUGGCUGCCCUGGACUUGGGCCCAGUGUAGAAUGCCUCUCGUGCAUGUGCCUCCCGGAGGUGCCACGGGAUUGCAGCGCAGCCCAGCUGAUUGCUGGUGCCCUCUCCAGAAGAAUCCGCUAACUGUUCUUGGGCCUUCAUCUUCACACAUAGCCAGGGAGUUCAAGUGACUGAGGUUCUCCCAGGAAUCCUCUGACAGUAAAAUUAGAACUCCAGCUGUAGGUGAGCUAGGUGUAUAGGCUUGAGUACUGGCAGGUCUGCACUGGUUCUGCGUUAAAAGUAUUGGGUUGUCGGAAAAGUCAUUUCUGCAACAGAUGGCGCUAGGUCAUUUUUAGAACUAGAAUUAUUUAGUUUAGCAUCUAGCAUCUAUGUUAUUGCUAUAGCAUAUGACAGCCAAAUUCUAAAAAGUUGGAGCAAUUUGGUUGAGUUUUGGAGAUUUUACGAGUUGAAGAUGGAAGACCGAGCUCUGCAUUUUCGCCAUAUUUUACUGUUUUACUUCCGUAAAGGGAAGAGUGCACAUCAAGCCUGUGAAAAGUUGCGUAGAGUUUAUGGUGACAAUGCUCUACAUGAACGGCAGUGCCAAGGAUGGUUCACGAAGUUCCGGGCUGGUGAUUUUGAUCUCAACGAUACUCCUCGGUCAGGGAGGCCCGCCAAGGUUGAUGACGACAAAAUAAAGGCAUUGAUUGAGUCAAACCCACGUUACACGACACGAGAGAUUGCAGAGACAUUGAACAUCCAUCAUUCAAGUGUUCACGACCACCUGAAGAAGCUGGGAUAUGUAAAGAAGCUCGAUAUUUGGGUUCCUCAUGAACUCAAAGAAGUUCAUUUGACGGCACGCAUAAACAUCUGCGAUAUGCUCAUUAAGCGUGAGGAAAAUGAUCCUUUUUUGAAGCGACUGAUAAUUGGUGAUGAGAAGUGGAUUGUUUACAACAGUGUAGUGCGCAAACGGUCUUGGUCCCAACGUGAUGAUUCACCUCAAACGACAUCCGAAGUCGACAUUCAUAAGAGGAAGGUUAUGCUGUCGGUGUGGUGGGAUUUUAAAGGAGUUGUGUUUUUCGAGCUCCUACCAAGGAACCAAACAACCAAUUCAACAGUGUACUGUCGGCAGUUGGACAGUUUGAAUGAAUCUAUCUUCCAGAAACGUCCAGAGCUCGUUAAUCGAAAAGGGGUUGUGUUCCAUCAUAACAAUGCAAGACCAUACACAAAUUUGAUUACCUGUCAAAAAUUAUUGGAGCUUGGAUGGGAUGUGCUGCCCCACCCACCAUACUCCCCUGACCUUGCUCCGUCAGACUUCCACUUGUUUCGUUCUCUUCAAAACUCCUUGCGUGGUAUAACGUUCAAUUCAGAGGAGGCUGUAAAUCAGUACCUUGUUCGGUUUUUCGCCGAUAAGGACAGGUCUUUCUAUGAGCAAGGAAUUAUGAAGCUCACUGAAAGAUGGCAAAAGGUUAUCGAACAAAACGGGCAAUAUAUCACUGAUUGAUUUUUGUUCAUCAUCUAAAUAAAUGAUCUUGGAAAAAAAAACAAAAAAAUGACGUCAUGACUUUUCCGACAGCCCACUAAUUAACAUGUAUGUGCACUGUUGGAGGAGACUGAGUGGAAUUGUUUAGCUUGGAAAACAUUUCUUGUAGAUUUCAUUUGAAGUCAGUGUGUUUUGUGUCUAAAAUUUGAAGCACAAAUAAAGAUUUUUAAAAAACAA